GACCUAUAUUACAAUUGGUGCAUCGAUACGGCACGAACACCUUACUCAGGUUUCUGUAUAAAAGGCCUUUUUAAUUUAACAUAACAUUAACGUUUCGCCAGGGAUAAACAGAAAAGGAAAAAUGUUCAGAUUCCUGUCUGUCGUGCUUUUUAUUCGUGCGUAUGUUUGUGAGAACACCAUGUGCUGGACGGUGGAUCACAUUUCCAAUCAAAUCAUGAUGGAGGCCGAUAAAAAUCUGGACGGGAUUAUGCAGAUGUCGGAGUUAAUGAAUGAGCUCACCGUUAGCUGGGGACUGACAAGCGCCGGCCUGACAUACCAUGAUUUCAUUGCCUUCUGGACGGCCCAAUAUCAUGACACCCACUCCACUGCUCACGCUUUUGUUGCCAACAUUGAUGUCGACAAGAAUGACUUGAUCAACGAGGCCGACAUUGCUGCUCACCUUCAACAAUUUGAUAUUAAUCCCCACGAUGGCCAAAUACAAAAGGAAGAGUUCAACGCUUUCUUGCAUGCAGUACACCCUGAUCCACACAACCAUGGGGCCCAUGGGUGCCAUUAAAUUAUAGGUUGUUGACGUUCAAUUGCCGUCUGUACAAUUUAAAUCAAUAAACACGCAAAUUUUCA